AUCACACAAAAUUUUCUUGUGCACCCUCAAAGCUUCAAUGCUAUUAACUCUCAAAAGAACCAAACCCACCUUUACUCUGCACUUUGCUUCCAAGAUUAAACCUUUUUCACUUCCAAAACUCCAUCUUUCAACCCUUUCACAAUCAGAAAUCAAGAACCUCAUAUUCUCCAAUUAUAACCAUGGAAAAUUUCACAACCUCCUCAAAAACAUCAUCUCUUUACCCUCUUUCCUCCUCACAGCUUGCCACAAUCUCAAACCCCCAAAUGACAAUUACAAAACUACCCCCCAACUCACUCUUUAUUCUGUUUCAACCCGUUUUUUCUCACUUCAAGAACUCUCUUUUCAGCUCUCUACAAACCAAUUUGACAUCAAAGAUUGCAGCUUUAUCAUAGGUAAAUCACUUGUGCUUCCUAAUUUAAAGCUUAAAGUAGUUAUUGAAGCUAUUAGAAUGGUUCUUGAAGUUAUAUAUGAUGAUAGGUUUGUGACUUUUUGUUAUGGUGGACGUGUUAAUAUGGGCCGACACACCGCUAUUCGUUACCUUAAGAACUCUGUUGAGAACCCCAGUUGGUGGUUUACUGUUAAUUUGAAUCCUGCCAAUUUUGAAAAUAAGCAUGUUCUUAAAUUGUGUAAUGUUAUGGAAGAGAAAAUUGAUGAUGUGGCAUUGAUUGAUUUGAUAAAAACGCUGUUUGAGUGUGAAAUAGUGAGUAUUCAAUUGGGUGGUUGUUAUUUAGGUAGAGGGUUUCCUCAAGAAUGUGGGUUGAGUUCAAUUUUGAUUAACAUUUACUUUAAUAGUUUUGAUAAGGAGAUUCAAGAUUUAAGACUUAAAACGAGUAGGGAGAAUCCGAGAGUUGAUGCUAAUGAACUUGAUGAGGGAUAUUCGGGGAACGCUUUUUAUAAGCCAUUGAAGAUAUAUGCAGUUAGAUAUUUGGAUGAGAUAUUGGUUAUCUCGUCGGGAACAAAGAUGAUGACUAUGGAUUUGAAGAGUAGGCUUGUUCAAAUUCUUGAGAAAGAUAUGGAAUUCGGUAUUGAUAAGGUUAGAACUGUUAUUCAUAGUGCUACUUCUGAGAAGAUAGAAUUUUUGGGAAUGGAGCUUCGGGCAGUUACACCGUCUGUGUUGCACCCACCGAUGUCACAAAAGGCGAUUAGGGCGAGGAAGAAGUACCUCCGACAGAAAGAAGUUAGAGCUAUGGAGUUGAGAAAUGCUAAAGAGACUAAUAGGAAGAAAUUGGGAAUGAAGAUAUUCAGUCAUGUAUUUAAGAAGUUGCAGCGUGGUAAUGAUUUCAAAACUGAUUUCCCGAUUGAGAGUGAAGUCAACCAAAUUUUUGGAUCUUGGGCUGAAGAGGUCAUGCAAGACUUUUUGGAAUCUGUCGAUGAGCGUUGGGAAUGGCACCGGAUGCUCUCUACUGGUGACUUCCUCUCUUUGAAAAGAAUCAGAGAUCAACUGCCGCGAGAACUAGUGGAUUCUUAUGACAACUUUCAAGAACAAGUUGACAGUUACGUAAAUCCUGUCAAAGCAAAAAGAGUAUUAGAGGAACAAGUAAAGAAAGCAGAGGAAGAAGAGGAAAGGAAAUACUCUGAUCAGACAGUUGCAGAUCUGACAAAGUUAUGCAUCAAAGUCGAGGCCCCCUUAGAAAUUGUUAGGAAGGCAGUUAAGCUGGUUGGAUUUACAAAUCAUAUGGGCCGUCCUAGACCGAUUAGUUUACUUAUGGCUCUUGAAGAUAUUGAUAUUAUCAAGUGGUAUGCCGGUAUAGGGAGAAGGUGGCUUGAUUUCUUUUGCUGCUGCCACAACUUCAGAAAGGUGAAGAUUAUAGUAUCUUAUCAUUUGAGAUUCUCGUGCAUCUUGACUUUAGCGGAGAAGCAUGAAUCCACGAAGCGGGAGGCAAUCAGACAUUACACCAAAGAUCUGAAAGUUUCAAAUGUUAAUGGGGUUGAAGAAAUGUAUUUUCCGACAGAAAGGGAAGUCAAAAUGAUGGGUGAUAAUGAUCUUAUUGAUCCAAAGCCUGUGGAUGUUUCUCUCGGAAUGGCAUUGAUAAGAUUAGCUUCUGAUGAGCCCCCUUACCGAUGUGCUGCUCAUUUUUGCGACAGAAGAGAUACGAUUGUCUACAGGAUUAGGGUACUUAAGAAACUUCUUAAUUUGGAUCCGUCGGAUAGAAGUAAGUGGGUUCCAGGAAUGGGUGCUAUACAUGAGAGUUUGAACAAGAGAUGCAUCCCUUUAUGCUCAAACCAUAUUAGUGACUUGUACUUAGGUAGACUAACUUUGCAAGACACUGACUGUGCUUCUCUUUUGCAUGUGGAUUAGUUGAAGAAUGCUGUAAACUACAGUUUUUAUACAAUGAGAAUACACCCACUAAGUCGAAGAAGUAUGGUUGAUUA